UGGCGUUGAAAAGAAGAUAAUUUAAAAUACGAUAUCUGGACUUGUUUAAUUAUAAAAUUUAGGCUCAGAACCAUGAAGAUUCGUCUGUUCUUCGCAAGUUUGCUGUCUGUUUCUUUAGCUGCUAUUGUUCAGCUGAGUCCAGAAGAUGAGAAAGAAGCUAGACUGGCUUUAGAAAAUCCUGGUUUAUUUCAAGGGGACAUUGUUGGUUGGGACUUUGAUUCUGAUCGAAAUGCUAUUCCGGGAAAAGAGUGGAGGUGGCCAAAUGGAGUGAUUCCUUAUGUCAUAGACUCCUCUUUAAGUGAUAAAAAGGAAAUAAUUCGAAAGGGCAUGGAUCACUACGAAUUUUACACUUGCAUCCGAUUUGUUCCCAGAACAAACGAAGAUAAUUAUUUAAAGAUAUUUAAAGGAAGUGGGUGCUAUUCAUUUGUGGGCAAAGGCAAAAUCAAGCCAGGAAUAGGACAACCGCUUUCACUUGGGUCAGGUUGCCACCAUGUAGGCACUAUCGUUCAUGAAUUGGGACAUGCUAUUGGAUUCUAUCAUGAACAGAGCAGAUCAGAUAGAGAUGACUACCUGAUCAUUUAUUUCGAAAAUAUUAUGAAAAGUAAUCUGAAUGAUUUUAAAAAGCUUAAGCCACAUGAGAACAUCUUGUACAACAGUUUUGAUUACGACUCCAUUAUGAUUUACGGCAACAAAAUCUUCACUACAAAUGGUAAAGACACCAUGGUGGCUAGAAACGGCAAGAAACUGCUUGGUCCUUACAAUAAAUUUGGAAUGUCCAUAGCUGAUACUGAGAGAGUGAAUAAAAUGUAUAACUGUACCCUUCCACCUUUAUCGUGACUUUUUAUUAGGUUCUCAAUAAACAUAGAAUAAAUGUA